AUGGCACCGUCUUCUCAGCUCGACUUCGUAACCUUAGACGUGUUCACGUCGCAACCAUACGGUGGCAAUCCGCUGGCCAUUGUUCGCAUCCCGCAUGACCGGACACUAACUCAGGAACAAAAGCAAACCAUUGCGCGAGAGUUCAACCUAUCGGAGACCACCUUUUUGCACGAGAACGCGGAUGGUGCGACAGAGGACAAAUGGACCGUCGAUAUAUUCAUGACAUCGCAGGAACUGCCGUUUGCGGGUCACCCAACCGUGGGCACGGCGUGUUAUGCUCUAGGAAGAACGGCUCGGGAGCGUGGUAUCCACAGCGGCGUCAUGGAAGCGAGCUUUAACCUGAAAGCCGGGUGCGUUGGACUGCGGUACGAUUGCGGCAAGAUGACAGCGAAGGCUUCCAUCCCUCAUGACGUUCAUAUCCACAAGAAGAGGUACACUAAGGACGAGCUAUUCGUACUCCAGCCCCGAUUGGCAGAAGCUCACCAACAAGGCAAGUUCGGGGUCAAAGAUGACCAUUCUAUUGUCUCAAUAGUAAAAGGCAUGACCUUUGUCCUAGUCGAAUUGGAAAGCGAAGAAGCUCUGGGUAUGGUGUCGCUAGCUGGCCAGUCUCUCAAAGUCGAAGGCCUGGAUCAAGGCUGGGACCAGACGUUCAUCGGGACAUAUUUCUUUGUUCGGACGGGAAAAAGCAACGAGGGUGCAACGAAACUAAGGACGAGGAUGAUCGAGGGUCCAUUAGAAGAUCCGGCUACUGGUAGCGCCGCCAGCGAUUUGGCAGCAUAUCUCUCGCUGAUGGCAGGAGGAGAAUAUAAGACGUUGAAAUUUGAAAUUGUCCAGGGCGUGGAGAUGGGCAGGAGAAGCGAAAUUUUCAUCGAAGUCGAGAUGACCGAGGAACGAACUGUAUCGCAGCUAUUCCUCGAAGGCGGCGCAGUGCAGGUCAUGGAGGGCCGAUUGACCAUCUGA